AUGCUCCGGCCCUGCUCCCUGACACGGCAGCGGGCCCAGCGGGGCCACCGCGGCUCUGCGACCGCGGCCUGCCAGCCCCUCGCUCUCCGGCGGGGUCAGAGCUCCCCCUCCCGAGGCACCGCGGCCUCGCUGCCUCCCGCGCCGCUCCCGCCGCCCUCGCCGGGUCCCGCUCCGGGGGAACGCCAGGAAGGAAGCGGCGGGGCGCUGCUGCUGUCCUGGCAGGGCCGCUGGGCUCCGCCGGGCUCGCAGGCAGGGACAAAGAAGAAAGCUAAGUGCCCAGGACUUGGUCUGUUUUAUACCAUCCUGUCUGCCUUCCUUUUCUCAGUGGCCUCUUUACUUCUUAAAAAAAUAGAAGAUGUACAUUCAGUGGAAGUGAGUGCAUUUCGAUGUGUUUUCCAAAUGGCAUUUGUUCUUCCUGGUUUAAUAUACUACAAAACAGGGUUUUUGGGACCAAAAGGUAAAAGAAUUUUUCUUUUCUUCCGAGGAUUCCUUGGGUCUACUGCAAUGGUUCUUCUCUACUACGCUUUCCAAGUCAUGCCACUAGCUGAUGCCACUGUUAUUACUUUUACCAGUCCUGUUUUUACAUCGUUGCUGGCAUGGAUCUUUCUCAAAGAGAAAUACAGCCUUUGGGAUCUCCUGUUUACUCUCUUUGCAGUCACUGGAGUGAUUCUGAUUGCCAGACCACCAUUUCUGUUUGGCUCACAUGUUACAGGCAUUGAAGGAAGUUACUCAGAUCACCUUAAAGGAACUAUAGCAGCCAUUGCAAGCACGUUAUCCGCAGCUUCGACUAUUGUUAUACUGAGGAAGGUGGGGAAAUCUGUGCACUACUUUUUGUCAAUUUGGUAUUAUGCUGUCAUUGGAUUAGUUGGAUGUCUUAUAGCAUUGUUUGUUUUGAAUGAAUGGCGUUUACCACACUGUGGUAGAGAUAGGGUUUUUCUAAUAUUAAUAGGCUUGUUAGGGUUGGGGGGUCAGGUAUUUCUCACAAAAGCGUUACAGAUAGAGAAAGCUGGACCUGUAUCAAUAAUGAGAACAAUGGAUGUGGUGUUUGCUUUUAUUUUACAAGUUCUUUUUCUCAAUCACAUACCAACUUGGUGGACUGUGGGUGGUGCCCUUUGCGUAGUAGCCAGUAGUUGUGGAACUGCCAUUCGUAAGUGGAGACAUAGUGUGAAAAAAGCUAAACAGAGGAAAAUCUAACAAUAUAGA